CCAACCUAACAAGCACCUCGUUUCGCAGCAGAGAAAGAUAACCAGCGCACCCUUUCAAGGUAUCUUCUGCUCCGAUUAAGACCUAGAUUCAUCGGGUUUUUCUUCUUUUAUAACCGAUCAUCUUAUUUGUCUGCCCUUUAAUUUUUAUCUUGUUCUUCUCAAGUCUUAAAAUUUCUUUUGAAUAUGGUCUUCGUAUAUGGUUUUAUCGUCUCAAUUAUAACGCAAGCCGAGAUGUUUUUGAACCCUUUUCUUGAAGAACUAGCAUGCUUGUUUCAAACUAUUUGUUGAUUGAAAGUGAUCUUGAGAUCUGUUUUAAAUGUUUAUAUAUUUGCCAGAUCUGGGCUAUGCAUUGUAUAAUUGUAACAAGUCUUGUAAUUUAGAUGAGCGUGGGGUGUUUUUCUCGUCUGUUCUGGAUAUCGACAUGAUUGAUUUGUUGAUUGCACCCGACUUAUCAAGGCCUCGAUUUUCUCUAUUUUUUUCCCUCGUCUGUGCUUCAACUCUGUCUAUUUUGUAUGCAAAUAUAUAUGUAACUUUUGCAUCUACGAUUUGUUCCCCCAUAUUAUUGAUUGUUUGAUUUUGAUAUUAAGUUUUUUUAAUUUUUUUGCUGUGAAAAAAUUUAUAUAAAAUUGGCUAUUCUUGUGCUUUUAGUCAUUUGUUUUGUGUACUCUUUCUAUACACUGUUUUUCCUCAUUGUAAAGUUCAUGAUGAAGAAUUGGUGAUUGAUUAAUAUAUUUGUGUGUGUAUGGUAUAAUGCAGAUGCAAAUUUUUGUUAAGACCCUCACUGGUAAGACUAUCACCCUUGAAGUGGAGAGUUCUGACACCAUUGACAAUGUCAAGGCUAAGAUUCAGGACAAAGAGGGCAUCCCACCAGACCAGCAACGUCUGAUUUUUGCUGGCAAGCAACUUGAGGAUGGACGCACCCUUGCUGAUUACAACAUUCAAAAGGAGUCCACUCUCCACUUGGUGCUUCGUCUUCGUGGUGGUAUGCAAAUCUUUGUUAAGACCCUAACUGGAAAGACCAUCACCCUUGAGGUGGAGAGCUCUGACACUAUAGACAAUGUCAAGGCCAAGAUUCAAGACAAGGAGGGUAUCCCACCAGACCAACAGAGGCUCAUCUUUGCUGGAAAACAGCUUGAAGAUGGUCGAACAUUGGCUGAUUACAACAUCCAGAAAGAGUCAACUCUCCACCUUGUCUUGCGACUCCGUGGUGGUAUGCAGAUUUUUGUGAAGACCCUUACUGGAAAGACAAUUACAUUGGAGGUAGAGAGCUCAGACACAAUUGAUAAUGUAAAGGCUAAGAUCCAAGACAAGGAGGGUAUUCCCCCUGACCAGCAAAGAUUGAUUUUUGCUGGGAAACAGCUUGAAGAUGGACGAACAUUGGCUGAUUACAACAUCCAGAAAGAGUCAACUCUCCACCUUGUCUUGCGACUCCGUGGUGGUAUGCAGAUUUUUGUGAAGACCCUUACUGGAAAGACAAUUACAUUGGAGGUAGAGAGCUCAGACACAAUUGAUAAUGUAAAGGCUAAGAUCCAAGACAAGGAGGGUAUUCCCCCUGACCAGCAAAGAUUGAUUUUUGCUGGGAAACAGCUUGAAGAUGGACGAACACUUGCAGACUACAACAUUCAGAAGGAGUCCACCCUUCACCUCGUCCUUCGUUUGAGGGGAGGUAUGCAGAUCUUUGUGAAGACUUUGACAGGAAAGACCAUUACCUUGGAGGUUGAAAGUUCAGACACUAUUGAUAAUGUUAAGGCAAAAAUCCAGGACAAGGAGGGAAUCCCACCAGACCAGCAGAGGUUAAUCUUUGCUGGGAAGCAAUUGGAAGAUGGAAGGACUCUUGCUGACUACAACAUUCAGAAGGAGUCUACUCUUCACCUUGUGUUGCGUCUCCGUGGUGGCUUUUAAGUUUGGGGAUAUUCUGUAGGGGUCUCUUGUUGGAUCUGGUAUGUGAAAGUCCAGCAGAUCUAUGGUAUUUUAUUUUCCUCUUGUGUUGAUCUUGAGUCUGUAAUGGCCCUCGAAAAAUCAUGCUUGGCUAUGGUCGCUUUUAUAAUUCUGUUCCUAGUUCAAAUUUCAAUCAUGAAUAUGGACAGUUUGCUAUCAUGUUGAAUGAAUUUAGUGCUUUAAAAUUUCUAGUUAUCUUCGGUUUUA